UUUUGAAGAGAGGGGAGCUGCUUUGUCCCGAUGGACGUGCAGCCUUGUGCACAUGGAAGAAUUGAAGGCUGACCUCAAACUCAUACGAGAAGAACUGCCACAGGGCACCUGUGACGUGGAGUUGGUGGAUUCGGAUCUAUUCCAAUGGGAGGUCAGCUUGGCCGGGCCUGAAGGCACCCCGUACAAAGGUGGAAAGUUCCGCUUCCUUUUGUGGUUUCCUCUAGACUUUCCGCAUCGCACCCCGCGGAUAAAGUGCUUGACACCGAUGUAUCAUUGCAACAUAGACCAGAAUGGCUCGGUAUGCUUGGAUUUGGAGCAUGAACUGCUGCGGCUAAAGCUGGGUGACACGGAGGGGCCCUCUUCAACACGAAGCUCGGCGUACUGCAUCGUGCAGGCUCUGCUGUCUCUGCAACUUGCCCCGAACAGAGGCUCGCCGCACCCGUGCCAGAAGACGGGCUGGUUUACGAAGCCAGCAGGCUGCUGUUGUGCGACCCGCAAGAGUACAACCGGAAGGCUCAGGAGUGGACUCUCCGCUACGCCUAAAACAGGCGCUUAGCGUUUUCACGCAACAGGCCGUGAGAAGGGC